GCCAGCACCCCGCGAGGCCCCCAGUAGCUGCCAGGCGACCCAGACCCCACGGAUCUACACCUUCAGUGAGGGCGAGCUGGUGGAUCUUCUGAUCCGCUACGAGCACCUCACUGAGCAAGAGGAGGAGGCCAGGUUCGAGAGGAUCCCGCACGAGACAGCCCUCCCCUUAGUGAGGAGGACACUCCGUGAAGGGAAGCCGCUCCCUGCCUCCAUCUGCACGGCCCGCCCACUGGGUAACCCCCCACGCCACUUCGACCACAAGCAGGAGGUUGAGUGGGCGACAUAUGAGGAAGAAGACGUCUCGGAGGACGAGGUCGACGUCGGAGGCGUGGACGAAGACCUCUUCCUGAAUGCAGACAGGGACCUCACCGACGAGGAGCUCGCGAGCUACUACGCCGGUGACCUGUGAUUAAAAAGACAUUUCCCCCACGUGUAAUUUUUGAUAGAUUUGUACCAAGUGUAGUAUAUGUACAGUACAUCGGGCAGGCUGCUUGUUUAGAGCCUGCUUUGGUAACUGAUUAUUUUUGUAAUUUUUCAUGUUUAUUUUUUCUGUAUGUCUUAUGUAAAGGUUACCAAUAAACUAUUAAACUAAAAACACUCACUCCACUGUUGAGCUACCCACCUGAACCAUGACUGGCCGCGGCAAGGGAGGCAAGGGACUCGGAAAGGGAGGCGCCAAGCGUCACCGCAAGGUUCUUCGGGACAACAUCCAGGGCAUCACCAAGCCGGCCAUCCGUCGUCUGGCGCGCCGUGGCGGUGUGAAGCGCAUCUCCGGGCUCAUCUACGAAGAGACCCGUGGUGUGCUCAAGGUGUUCCUGGAGAACGUCAUCAGGGAUGCCGUCACCUACACUGAGCACGCCAAGCGCAAGACCGUCACCGCCAUGGACGUGGUGUACGCCCUCAAACGCCAGGGCCGCACCCUGUACGGCUUCGGUGGUUAAUGCCGCUGCCUGAGCGAGCCCGACCUAACCCACCCACCCCGGACCUCUUUGAGGUCCACAUUCUUAUUCACUAAGAGAAUAGUAGCACACUUUUUACUUCAGUUAUAUUUUCUUUCUUUCUUUCUUUCUUUCUUUCUUUCUGUUUCCUCCCUCCCUCCCUCCCUCCCUCCCUCCCCCCUGCCUAAUGAUGGUUCACACCUCCGCCCACU